CCCUCUCCUGACAGCAUCCAUGGAAUAUACUGUAGUCCAGCAUCUGGUAAUCCCAUAUUACUGACAGCAGGCUCAGACAUGAAAAUAAGGUUCUGGGAUCUAGCCUACCCUGAGAGAUCGUAUGUUGUUGCCGGAAGUUCUAGUUGCCCAUCUAUUUCCUACUACAGGAAGAUAAUUGAGGGCACGGAGGUGGUUCAGGAAAUUCCAAACAAGCAAAAACUGGGGCCCACUGAUGAGACCCCUCGAAAGGGUCCAGAGUCUCUCCCUGUUGGACAUCACGAUAUUAUCACAGAUAUCGCAACUUUCCAGACCACGCAAGGGUUUAUAGUAACUGCAUCAAGGGAUGGAAUCGUUAAAGUGUGGAAAUAAAAGUUGUAUUAAUAUAUAGUAUGUAAAUAUUUGUAAUAAAGAAAUAGUGUUAUAAUGAAGUUUUCAAGGACUGAUUCCAGAUCAUGGAAUAGAAUGGACUUUAAAGACAAUGAUAAAAUUGGUUAUCUGUAUCCUACCACCCUGUUAGCACUUCUUAAUCACUUCUUUUAUUGAAGAUGUUUGGUAUCUAUAGCAUUUCCGUGAAAUACCAAGCAGUCUAUGAAGAUAUCACUUAGCCUGGUUUUGACUACAUUGUUCUCUAAGGAUCUUUAAAUAAUUUUCUUAAAGAUGUUCCACAUUACACAUUCUAAAUGUGCAAAAAGAGCUGGUACAAGUACUUCCGUGUCCAACAACUGCUCCUAUGUUGAAUCUGAGAAAUGAAAUAAGAACCAGUGCACUAAUGUCCCUGUACACUCUAAUACCUAUAAUAAAGUCCACUUGA